CGCUCCCCAUGGCUGACUGGGUUGGGAUGUGCUCUGCCGGCCGCGAGGCCCGGGGUCCUCGCGCCUCCCGAAACGUCGCAGGUACUAAGCAGACAAGUGCCUUGAAACAAGAAGACGCUGUUAAAAGGAAAGCCGAACUAGAAGCAGUUGUCAGAAAGAAGAUUGAGUUUGAGAGAAAAGCUCUACGUAUGGUUGAACAGCUUUUAGAAGAGAAUAUUACAGAAGAAUUCCUAAGGGAGUGUGGGAAGUUCAUCACACCUGCUCAUUAUAGUGAUGUCGUGGAUGAGCGUUCUAUUAUCAAACUCUGCGGCUAUCCCUUAUGUGAGAAGAAGCUAGGAAUUGUACCAAAACAGAAGUAUAAAAUUUCUACCAAAACCAAUAAAGUCUAUGAUAUUACUGAAAGAAAGUGUUUUUGCAGCAAUUUUUGUUAUAAAGCAUCUAAGUUUUUCGAAGCACAAAUUCCUAAAACUCCAGUGUGGGUUCGAGAAGAAGAAAGAUGUCCUGAUUUUCAGCUGCUACAGGAAGGACAAAGUGGUCAUUCUGGAGAAGAAAUACAGUUAUGCAGUAAGGCCAUAAAAACAUCAGAUGUUGACAGUCCUGGCCAUUUUGAGAAGCAUGAUGAAUCUAGUUCUUCUGGCACUCAUAGUGAUAGUAGCAGUGAUAAUGAGCAAGACUUUGUUUCCUCCAUUCUACAAGGAAACAGACCAAAUGCAACCGGUGUAAGGCCACAGCUGCACAAAAAAAGCAUAAUGAAAAAGAAAGCUGGUCAAAAGGUUAACUCCAAACAUGAAAGCAAAGAACAGACAGUAAUAGAUGUCACUGAGCAGUUAGACAAUUGCAGAUUAGAUAGUGAGGAGAAAGCUGCUGCUUGUGAACUUCCUUUACAGAAUGUAAAUACUCAGAUUUCUUCAAAUAGGUCUCUGCAAGAAAAAUUAGAAGCUUCAAAAAUUUCUGAAAAUAAAUACAAUAGUUCAAAAAUAACUCUUGUAGGCAUAAGUAAGAAAAGUGCUGAGCAUUUUAAGAGGAAAUUUGCCAAAUCAAACCAAGUUUCUAGGUCAGAUUCUAGUUCAGUGCAGGUGUGCCCUGAAGUUGCAAAGGCAAACUUACUUAAAGCCCUGAAGGAGACUUUAAUUGAGUGGAAGACAGAAGAAACUUUGAGGUUUUUGUAUGGCCAGAAUUAUGCUUCUGUAUGUCUGAAACCCUCUUCAGCCCCUCUGGUUAAGGAAGAAGAACUUGAUGAAGAUGAUGUGAACUGUGACCCAGACAGUCAUUCCCCUGCCUUGCAGGAAUCUCAGAACAGCUUGGAUGAGUCUUUACCAUUUAGAGCCUCAGAUACAGCCAUUAAACCACUGCCAAGUUAUGAGAACUUGAAAAAAGAAACUGAAACAUUAAAUCUAAGGAUCAGGGAGUUUUAUAGAGGACGAUAUGUUUUAAAUGAAGAAACCACCAAAUCACAAGACUGGGAAGAGCAUGAUCCCACCUUUCCACUGAUAGAUUCAAGUUCUCAGAACCAGAUUAGAAAACGCAUCGUACUUGAAAAAUUGAAUAAAAUAUUGCCUGGACUUUUGGGGCCUCUUCAGAUUACAUUAGGAGAUAUUUACACACAACUUAAAAAUCUUGUCCAAACUUUCAGGUUAACAAACAGAAAUAUUAUACAUAAGCCUGCAGAGUGGACCUUAAUUGCUUUGGUGUUGCUGUCAUUACUGACCUCAAUUCUUGGCAUUCAGAAGCAUUCUCAGGAAAAGGUAACGUUUACACAGUUUUUGACCACCCUGCUUGAAGAAUUACACUUAAAGAAUGAAGACCUUGAAAGUUUAACCAUCAUAUUUAGAACCAGCUGUUAACCACAGUGGUAAUCCGUGAAGACCAAAUAGAUGAACUUACAUUGACCAUUUCUGGAAUUCUAGCCACAAUAAUUGUACAGUUGGAGCUACUUAUCAGUCACCACCGGACAGAGUGACGUCCCCAGAUAGAGGAGAACCAUUAUCCCAACAAGGAUAACCAAGUCCUUGCAUCCUAGAUACAAGACAUACUAUUUCUACUUAUUUGAAAAUGAAAGCUGAAAUUUUAAGUUGAAACUUCAAGAAAAUAUAAUGAUGUAUUUCUUUUGGGUUAUUACAGCCAUCAUAUCAGUUGACCAGAAAAUUGAGACAAGUCCCAUUUUAGCCUCAUAGUCGAACUCUAGAUUCUAAAGAACAGUAAAGAAUUAGGUCAGUAAAUACAAUUUAGGGCUUCCCUGGUGAUGUAGUGGUUAAGAAUCCACCUGCCAAUGCAGGGGACACGGGUUCAAGCCCUGGCCCAGGAAGAUCCCACAUGGAGCAACUGCGGAGCAACUAAGCCCAUGCACCACAACUACUGAGCCUGUGCUCUAGAGCCCGCAUGCCACAACUACUGAAGCCCGAGUGCCUAGAACCCGUGCUCCACAACAGAAAAAGCCACUGCAAUAAGCACAUGCACCACAGAGAAGAGUAGCCCCUGCUCACCACAACUGGAGAAAGCCCACAGGCAGCAAUGAAGCCCCAACACAGCCAAAAAUAAAUAAUUUAUAAAAAU